AUGGAUCCCAGGACGUCUUGGAUACUCCAGGAGCACAAGCGCCCUGCCGCUGCCAAUCCCCUGUGGAUGCACAUUUGGGAAAACUCUCAGGGAUACGCGAACGACAACCACCUGCAUCACCAGUGCAACUAUGCGACGCAAAACGCUUACAACUCCCCGGACUUCAGCGGCGAGUACUGCACAAGUGAAGCCACCAGGACAGAUCUCGUCUUCAGCGAUGUGUCGAAGCGAGACAGCAGCGCGGAGCGGGGAAGCGUCCGGAGGAAAGGCUCUCUCUCGCCGUCCUCAUCCUCCCUGGACUCGGAGGCAGAGAGUUCAUCGCCAUCCAGCUCCACGUUGCACAUAGACAAUUUAAUCCCCGCGGAAGAUUCGACUCGAUUUGUGCGUUAUGACGAGCAUGAGUUGAACGAGAUGAACGUCAGGCGUCCCUCCUGUCGCAGCAUGCAACAUUCUGCCACCGGCCACACCCCCACGGGACCGAAGCACCCUCAGCCCGGGACCAAGCAUCACCACCAGCCCCUGCACCACUGCACCGGCCGGAGAAAGCACUUGAACCGGGCCAACACGUUCCACGGCAUCCAACCGCUCCUGGCGUACGGAUGCAAUGGACACUACGUGGGUUCGCCCAGUAGUAGUCUGUGGAAGACGCGCCGCUACAGUCCAGGCGUCAAUGGGCUCCAUGAAGAAAUCGUGGACUUUUUCAACUUUAUGUCACCAAGACCUGAAGAGGAGGCCAUGAGAAGAGAUGUUGUCAACAGGAUAGAGGGUGUCAUCAAAGAUUUGUGGCCUUCUUCCAAAGUGGAGAUAUUUGGCAGCUUUAGUACUGGACUCUAUCUUCCUACAAGUGACAUUGACCUUGUGGUCUUUGGAAAAUGGGAACACCCUCCACUGCAGGAACUGGAACACGCUCUCAAACAGCACAAUGUGGCUGGCCCUUACUCGAUCAAGGUCCUGGACAAGGCUUCUGUUCCAAUCAUCAAGCUGACGGACCAUGAAACUGAGGUGAAAGUCGAUAUAAGCUUCAAUGUUGAGACUGCUGUAAAAGCUGCCCAGUUCAUCAAGAGUUAUCUAAAGAAAUAUCCUGUUCUUCCGCCUCUCAUUUUUGUUCUGAAGCAGUUUCUUUUGCAAAGGGAUUUAAAUGAGGUGUUCACAGGAGGCAUUAGCUCUUACAGCCUUAUACUAAUGGCCAUCAGCUUUCUGCAGCUGCACCCUCGAAUAGACACGCGGCGUUCCAAUAUCAAUCUGGGCAUCUUGCUCAUUGAGUUCUUCCAGUUGUAUGGUCAUGAUUUCAACUACAUGAAGACUGGUAUAAGGGUGAAAAAUGGAGGCGCCUACUUAAGCAAAGAAGAAAUGCUUCAAACUAUGGGCAGUGGAAAUCGGCCCUCCAUGCUCUGCAUAGAAGACCCUGUUCAACCAGGAAAUGACGUUGGCAGAAGUUCAUAUGGUGUCCUGCAGGUCAAGCAAGUGUUUGACUUUGCCUACAUGGUGUUGACUCAUGGGCUGUCGCCAUUAGCACGUGCUUAUCCAAACAGAGAUUACGAUGGGACCCUGGGACGCAUCAUCAAGGUCAGCCCAGAAGUGCUGGCCUAUAGGGACUGGACAAUCAAGAAGUGGGGAGCUAAGAAUUAUGCAAAACAUGAGAACCUUGCGGAUGUAGAAACGUGUGAACAAGACCUUGCAAGGCUUGUGUUGGUUUCUAUGGAUGAGCAGAGGGACACAUGUUCCCCACUGAGCGCUGACUCGUCCUCACCCUCUCCGGUCUUCCUCCCGAGCCCACAUCACUCAUCCUCAUCUUCUGCGUGCUCUUUGUCGUCCUCUUCAGGGAGUGACGCUGAAUCUGAUUCUCCUCCAAACACAACUGCUGCGAUCCACCCGCUACACCCACUCACUCUGGCCUCUGUCCACUCUGUUAUCCAGAUGGCCACGGACCUAAGAACUGCACUUCCACCUGGCUUUAUUCCUGCUACACCUCAGGUUCAGAUGCCCAUUCAUGAAGGCUUGAACAUCCCCUCAAUAGAGUGCCAAUUCUUCCAUGAUAAUCCUUCCAUUGGUUUGAUGCACCGACAUGCGUCACACGCUGCACAGAUGUCUCCACACACGCUGUCGCCUAUUCACCAGCUUCAGCACAGUCAUCUCGAAGGCCACCACUACCCCAUCAGGUGUGAACUUCCAGAGGUUGGCCCAAUUCGCAUCAUGUCGUCUUGA